AGGUUUUGCGCCAAAUGCCAGGAUCAGUUAAGGAAGUCGACCUGCUCCCUGAGUCUUAGCUUCUCCGUUUCCCACAAUGCUGUGUCGUUGGCCUCCCUUUUCUAAUUGUCUAUGCUCCCUUACUCUCCUUACUGUGAUCCUUUUGGUUAACGCAAAUGUUCACAUCGUUCCUCAUUUCACCAGUCUCCCGCCACCAGUUUCAUAUUAUAUUGACUCGCACUCGGGGGACUCUGGCAAUCAGAAUCCCUUGGAUUUGAUCUGUCGAGCCUGGCCUCCCAACGCUAAAGUCUAUCUGGUUGCCAGCCAGGUGCCGUUAUCGAGCGACCACCGAACCGUGCUCAGUUCAUCUGAUCGAGGUAUUGUGGAUAAUCUGCGUCCACUUCCACAGGGUUUGGGAAAUCAACGAUUUGGUCUUGUGCCCGCGUCACUAAUCCCCGCUACGUCGUCCAUUGCAAAUGAACGAACCGCAUCGAGUCUACGUGAGUCGAUCAAUCACGAUUCGCUGCUGGAUGCGACUAGGGCGCGCCCGGCGGCUGGACCGAAUGAUGAGGUGGGCGUUCGACUGAGCGUGGCUAGCAUGUCUGAAGUUCGUGCUCUGGAAUUACUGCGUUUGCACUGCCUGGCUGCGACAACAUUCGGCCAUAUCCUAAGCCGCCCUUUUCACGUUAUCCCUACUAGUCUUGGAGAAUUUCCUCAGCAAACAUCUUCAACAAGUCCCCACUCAAUGUCUCCGAAAAUCACUACAGCCAAGUUUUUCGUCAACAACAUUGCCGUUGUGGAAUGUCAGUUACCGUUAAAUGCCUUUCCCACCCCCGUGGUUCACUUUGAACUCAAUGGCACGCAAAUUAACGAGGCUGCGCUACAGAAUGACAAGUAUCGUAUCGUUUGGCGACCAGAUGGGCAACGUGUCAGUUUGCUGAUCCACAAAGUGCAGUUUCACGAUGGUGGCACAUACCGCUGUGCGAUAACAAAUCCGUUAACUGGCGAGAAACGCUAUGCACCAGAGGCAACGCAACUUCAGCUAAUCAAUCCUGAGCGAGUUGUGGAAACCCGUAUCGCCGUGCCAUUAGCUCCAAGUUCAACAGGAGACCGAUCGGAAUCUGGCGGCUCCACAAAGUCUCAGCAAAUACUGGUGGAUGAGGGACAAAAUGUCACAUUGUUUUGUGUGUUCCAUGGUGUCCCUCCCCCCACGGUGGCUACCUAUCCAUUUGAUCAAAAUUUCACGUCAAAUCCACGUUUCUACCGAGACGCGAAAUUCGGUCUGUUACAAAUCACGGACGUACAACUCAGGGACUCUGGUGUCUAUCUUUGUACUGAUCAGCGCAUGACUUACGCAGCCCAGUUGCAUGUGAAACCCCAACUCCGUCUGAUCACUCAACCGCAGGAUGUAAUCCUGGACGCACUUGGUGGAAGAGCCGAAUUCCGCUGUAACACAUCCGACCCACUCGUCACACCCUACUGGUUGUUUAAUGGUCAACCAAAGUCAACUGUUGGUUCUGGUGGAGAAAAUAUCCUCAGAAUUGCCAAUGUCAGUGUGCAAGAUUUGGGUGUGUAUCAAUGCGUCGCGAAACGUGCGUCGACCAAGCGACUAGGGGAUGAAUGGGCAUCCGCUUCUGCAGUACUGGCUCUAGCUUCUGACAAGAUCAUCAAGACACCCGGAGACCUUGCUGUCUACACACCACAACGUCCGGUUGUUCCUCUCGAGUCUACUACUGAGGUCACCACGAGCGAACUGACACCGCAAGCCCAAGCUUUGUACGACAACUUGGCUGUGUAUCUUGUAUGGCAGCCACUGGGGCCAGAAGUUUCAGGGAUGGAACAGUCGAAAUCGGUCGAAUAUCGCUUGGAGUAUUCCGUCCAGGUGAACCCUGUAGAAGAGCGACAAAACGGUCCCAAUUCAACGGAGACACCGGCUGCAUUGGUUGGUCUGAUUGGACACGAAGCAGUCCGAUGGAGUGAACCUUCCUCCCUGAAACAACAGACGUCAGUAACGUACGCCUAUGUCACUGAAAGCAUUGUGAAGCCAUCUAAGCGCUACCGAUUCCGUGUCAUUGCGGUCGAUCCAUCCACCGGAGUGAGUUUGGUCCCUCCGUCUGAUUGGUCCAACACAGUCAGCAUGGAGCACAUCAGUCCCGUAGACCCGCCUCAAAUCAAGGUUGUUCGACCGAUGUCCAACGGUCGCGUGCAGUUACUGUGGUCUUUUGACGGUCAAGGACAAAGUAAAAAAGCCUCGGAAAAAUCUUCCACGACUGAGCUGACACGUGGCGCCACUCCUGCAUCAAAUCCGCAGUCGCCCACAUCUCUGUUCUCCUUGGAUGCUGAUCCCACAGUAUUUGUGCCGGAUUUCUUCUUGGUUCUGGCUCGACCUCUGGUCAAGCCGAAGAGUAGCGGGAAUUCCGGCGACUCGUUCAAAUAUGGAGCUUACUGGGCAACGCAAGUGAAUGGUUCUGACGUGAGGGAGGGUAUCUUGACCGGACUGAAUCGAACAUCCAGCUAUCAAAUCAUCGUGUAUGGCGUGCGAGGGACCGGGGACAAACGUCAAAUCACUCGCUUCUCAAAAGCUGCUUACGUAAAUUUGGCGACCGCUGAACAUUCAGGGACCUACAGCCUUUUGAAGGCCCUGGUCAGCAACCGCCUCAUGUAUCUCAUUCUGGGUGGUAUUGCAGCCCUCAUGUUCUUCUUUGUCUUCAUUUUCAUCCUACUUUGCGUAUGUCGACAACAGCGUGAUCGGCGUGUGGCUAGCCAGCGUAAAAAACAAAACGGUUUUGUUCAAAACUACAAGGACGCUAGCCAAUACAUCCCAGUUUCAACUAACGAUGGUACUCGCCCUGACCAGCGCCAUUCCUCCGCGAAUACCCUAUCGAAUCACGGAGCAGCAGGUGGUAUGCUGAUGACCAAUCUGCAAUGCAGCGCCUUUUCUGAUCACUCAGUCUCCAAUCAGGCGCAGGUACCCACAAUGUUACAGCAGCAGCAACAGGCAGAGUUGAAACAUCAGAUUACCUGCAGCCAACAACAACGACAGCAGCAACAGCAAAUUGACCAGUAUGCCGCGAUGUCUAAAGAGGCGGCUGCUAUGAUGCAGCAUCAGUCGGUGGUUGGCUCGCAAAUGCAUUUGCCUCAGCAGCAGCAACAACAUAUGUAUCACCCAGCACACCACCAAUCGCAUCACUCACUUCUGCUUCCCCCAGGUGGUACACCUGUCCUCCAGGGUCAACCUGGGGUCACUCCCAUGUAUCAGAGUGGAACGCUUCCCGGCGGUCCACGUUAUCUACGACAGCAAAGCUUUCCGGCUCAUUUUGGUAGUCAACAACCGCUGAGCCGUACCGCGACUCCAGCGAACCCGACAGAUAUGACUGAUUUCUACCAGCAACAGCAACAACAGCAUCCUCACACUCAACAGAUGGUCUACGCUCACCAUCAACCACAGCUGCCGCCGGUUCCACAUCCACAAACAUCCGAGCUGCCCCCACCCUACGGAAUGCCCAGCGGUGCGAUCCAACGCCAAAUGGUCUACUAUCCCGGUUCGAUCACUCCCAGUGGGGCGUCUCUUAAACGUGAACCACCCACUGGCGGUUCCAUACAAGAUGGAUCGGCAUACGGCACUUUGCUCCAACGAGGUCAGCUCACUGGUUCGAUGAUACACGAUCCGGCUUCCGCAACGGCUGGUGCCAUGUCCCCUGCAAACUAUCCGAACUCAGCCUACUACCAUGGAAGUCAGCAGGCGCUACACAUGAUGUCUAACAUGUGUCAUAAUGGGAUAGGCGCCCCACAAUCAGGGCAUGCUACUCUCUACUCACCAGCACAACAACAAGCGGCCUUCUACGCCCAGCAACAACAGCAGCAGCAAGCGCAGUACCCGGGAUACUACGGCCAAGCGCUACAGCAACCACCGGAAGCACUUGCACAUGGACCCCAUGGAUUCGGACCUACGGAUGGGGAAUCGAUCUACUCCUAUUUCAGUCAGCAAGAUAUGAUACAGCCCAAUUCACAUCAACCGCUCAAUCCGCUUCCCGAGGAAAAUCAGAUGAACGGCACUGGAGGACCCGGUUAUGUGGAUUCUGGCAUGCAAACUGCUGAUGCGAGCACCCAGGGUGCUGAAGGCAGUCCCGCUGGUGGUGGCAGUCACCGCCACCAUCGUCGAAGACGUCGCAAACAGCCACGUCAUCCAUCUGAUCUACAAAAUGGAACAAAUGGAAACACAACGAACGACUCCGCGGAUGCAGCGGGCGAGGUGUCCCAGUUCGUGGAACAAGCCGGUACCACUCAACCAGAUGACCGUCGCCAGAUGUUUGAGCAAGAGCAACUACCCGGGCAGAAACACCAAUACUCCAUGUCAAAUGCAGGCACAUAUUCCGAUGCGGACCCAAUGUCAGCGCAACCAAGUUUCACGUCCCAGUCUUAUCAUCAAGCUAUGAAUGCCUCCGACCCCAAUCGGACCAACUGUAUGCGUUAUGACUCUCCUCAGCGUGAACAACUGAUGUCAGGACACCAAAUGCCCCCACCGAAUCAACCACCUCCACCACCACCAGCAGUUGCUUUGGGACUCGGUUCACCCAGUGUGAUGAACGGCCAUUACCAACAAAAUUCUUCUUCUUAUCCGAUCAACAAUCAGGCACAGUCACCAGGGGCUGGUGAUUCUGUAUCUCGCCGAAUGUACUCAGGCGCUCCCGGGGCUGCCGGGCUACUUGUUGGUCCACCUCCUCGAAUUCGAGACUAUUCGGAGUAUGGAAUUCUCCGGGGUGUUGGACUUCCACCCACCCCUUCUGGAGGUCAACCGCAACCUCCACAACACAAUGUCCUUAUGGGAAAUUCGGCCGUGACGAAUGCUUCGGCCCAUGUGAAUGGGACAAUGAUGUAUGAAGGACGAUAUCGUGAGGGCCAAGCUUGAAUCCGUGGCACAGCAAGGGCGUCUGUAUAUCCCCCCUAACCUUUUUGUGUCUAUUGACUUUUGGUCAUAUUCUGGCCAGUUUCAAGACGUUUCCUAUUCUCAAUUUCCUCUCGUGUUUAUUUGCCACGCUGCAUGCAACGGCCAACGAAUGAACAGUCCUAUCCCGCUCCUAAAUACCUGACAAACAGAAGUGCUUCUAUUAUUGCCAUUAUUCCGUACAGGCUUUCGAAUAAUAUACAUGUAUGCAUCAUAUUCAUGCCUAUGGUCACAGUUUAUCUUCGCAUUUUUCAAACUUAGACAGUCGAACCACACAACACGCGUGUGUUAUUUGGUUCCCCAUGUUUUUGUCCCACUUUUUGGUUCGUGUCACCAAUGUCACUCGGUUUUGUCGUUAUUUUAUCGAUCGUCUGUUCUUCAUCAAAAGGUGGUCUCGUGAUCAGACAGAGACCUGUGUACAGCUGAUUUACUAUGGGUACGCGUUUUGUUUUCUUUGUUUGUUUGAAUGAUCUCUCUCACCACCGACUUCCUAAUAGAGUUGAUCCCGACGAUACUGCUAAUCUCAUCACACUUUGUAUGCCCCAACUACCGUAAAUUGUGUUUUUGCUACUCGUUCCCUGUCCACGAUUCGCAUUUGAUUUCUCUCUCUCUCUCUCUCUCUGGGUUUUUAUGCUAAGAUUGCACGCUUGCAGGGAGCGUAAUUUCGUCAGUUUGUGUUCAUCCUGUAUCCCUCUCCCUACGCGCACCCACUUUGGGCUUCUAAUGGUAUAUAGUCUUUGCCUUACCGGUUUUCGGAUCUGACCUUAUUGCUUGCUUGCGUAUUGCUUGCGUGAUUACUCGCUGACUUUUUUAUAGUAAUACUAUCACCACAACAACUCAUUCAGUGCAUGAAAC